AUGGGCCCCGUCCGACGCAUCGCCCAGAUCGUCCAUCUCAAACCCUCUACCGUCGAGGAGUACAAGGAAUGCCACGCCAACGUGUGGCCUGAAGUCCUGCAGCAGAUCCGCGAGUGCAAUAUCCGGGACUACUCCAUCUUCUUCGACAGCGACCGCUCCAUCCUCUUCGCCACUUUUAAAUACGUCGGCGACGACUUCGAGGCCGACAUGCGCCGGAUGAAGGAGAAUCCAAAGGUGCAGGAGUGGUGGGACAUGACGGAUGCGAUGCAGGAGAGUUUUGUCCCCGGCGCGAUUAGUAGUAAGGAGGGUCCUGGGUGGUGGAAGGAGUUGGAGGAGGUUUUUUAUACUGAAUAA